AUGGAGGAUAACCAUGGCGAUCCGAAGGUGACUCCCGACGAAGACAAUGGGGUAAUCAGCUUAAGCAACAGCCCAGGUAGCAGCAAUGAAUCUGAUUCCGACAGCCCUCACAUUUGGCUUGUCGGCGGCGGUAUUGCUUCACUGGCUGCUGCCGUUUUCCUAAUUGACGAUGCCAACGUGCCUGGCAGCCACAUCCAUGUCCUCGAGGCGUCUUCGAAAGCAGGUGGAUCGAUGGCGACAUUCGCGAAGCCCUCUUGGGAUACUGGGUAUAGGGUAUCUGCGAUCCGAAAAAUGAGUCUCACCUACCACUGUUUAUAUGGUAUGCUGGAAAAGGUACCUUCCGAGACAGAGGGCGAGACAUUGGCUGCUAGGCUUCGUCGCUUCAAUCAGGAAAGUAAAAAAUUGGGUGCAUCUGGAUCAAGAUUGGUGAGGCAGGUGUUUGGUGAAAAUGGGGCAGAGAAGCCCGAGGCAGUCGACGUGAGCACCAUGGGUCUGAGCGUGAAGAACCAAUGCGACUUGAUGAGGGUCGUUCUCGAGACAGAGGAUGAGUUGGAAGGGCUUGAGAUACAAGCUUUAUUCGAACCAGACUUCUUCGAGACGAACUUUUGGGAUUUAUGGUCUUCCCUCAAUCGCUUCCACCCUUGGUGUAGUGCUGUUGAGUUCAGACGAUGCCUACACCGAAUGUUGCACGAGUUUCCUAAUAUGGGAACUCUAUCGGGCGUCGAGCAAGCACCCGAGGAGGACUUCCAAGCUAUUAUCAAACCAUUGACACAGUAUCUCAAGGCAUCAGAUGUCGAAUUUCGCCACGGCAUAUUGGUUAGCGGUUUAGAGAUUGACGAUAUAGGUUCCGAUUUCAGGGUAACUGCAUUGAAGACUUACCAAGACAGCAAACAUGUGCAGUUAACGCUGGGAUCCGACGACAUCGUCCUCCUCACACUUGGCUCGCUGACUUCUGGGAUGGGCUAUGGCACCAACGAUCAACCUCCUCCGACAAUGGAGCUGCGUGAUUCAGCACCACAUGCGCUCGACCCUUCGUGGGCAUUUUGGGACAAACUUGCUUUAGAGCGCCCACAGACAUUCGGCAACCCUGAAGCCUUCUUCGAUCGACCUUCCAAGUCGACUUGGCUCUCUUUCACUGUUACCCUCCGCGAUCCAGCUUUCUUUGAGCAUCUUUGCAAAUGGACUGGCACGCUGACCGGGGCUGUACCUCUUUUGACCUUUCGUGACUGUCCCUGGAUGCUUUCCUUAACCAUCCCCCAGCAACCAUAUGUCAAAGACCAGCCGGAUGAUGUCUUUGUCUUUUGGGGCUAUGGUUUGUUUCCUGAUCAGCAAGGUCGAUAUGUUAGGAAACCAAUGCUCGAGUGCACAGGUGCUGAGAUACUCACGGAGUUGCUCCACCUCAUGGCAUUUCCCUUACAACCGACACUCGAGCGUUCCAUCACCGUUCCUUGUCUGAUGCCAUUGAUCGGUAGUCCAUUCCUCACGCGCAAGAAGGGAGAUAGACCAAAGGUGAUUCCCGAUGGAAGCAAAAAUCUGGGUUUGAUGGGGCAAUUCGUCGAGAUCGAGCGCGAAGUGACGUUCACUAUGGAGUAUUCGGUACGAUCGGCGCAACUGGCUGUGUAUGGAUUGAUGGGUUUGGAUAAGCAGCUGCCGGGGGUGCAGGGCGAAGACCAUGAAGUUUUGACAUUGGGAAUGGCGUUGAAAACGAUGAUGACUUAG